AUGGCUGAAGAAACACAAGUGGUUGAAUCUGGAAGAGGCUUGGGAAAGAGGAAGUUUGGCAGGAACCAAGGGCGCAAAAAGUCAAAUAAGAAACCAAAAGUGAUGCAGCAACAACGGGGACAGAAGAAAGUUAAAAUCGAUCCAAAAAUGAAGAAACUUUACCACAAGCGAGCACGAGAGUAUAAUUCUGAUGAUGAAGAUGAGACAGCUGCCCCUGCUUCUGUGAGGACUAGAGGUGCGCCUUCUAUGAAGACUAGAGGUGUAGUAUCUUUCACCAAAAAAAAGCACGAGGAGGAAGACAUAGAAGGUGAAGAGCUGUCUGAAGAUGAAGGAGCAGCAGGAGGACAAAGAACGCAGAAGAGGAAUGUUACUGAUAAAAAAGUUAGUUUCUCCGAGGAUGAAGGAGAAGAUGGUGAUGAAAUUCAGCCUGGAAUUACUAAGUUCACUGAAGGUUGUAAAGCAUUCAAGAUGGCCUUCAAGAGUAUUAUAAAGAAAAGUGUUUCUGAUGACUUGUUGGGUCCAGUAUUGUCAGCACAAAAGAAUCUUGUUAUAGAAAAGCUCGCGGAAGAGGAGGCAGAGCGCAAGGUCAAGGGAGAGGCAAAAAAGGAAAAGCUGAUGAUAGCAGAAAAGGGACAUGUCAAGCCUGCUUCUUAUUUGGAUUCGCACGAAAAGUUUCUAAUAAGUGUAGCGACCAAAGGAGUGGUCAAGUUGUUCAACGCUGUCAACAAGGCACAAGUUGCUCAGAAAGGGCUGGAUCCCUCAAAGAAUAGGGAUGCCAAAGAGUUAAGAAAACGCACCAAGGAAGCCUUCUUUUCGGAGUUAGGGAAGCCAGCAAUUGGCACCUCUGCUGUUAAGGCCAAUGCAAGCACAAGCAAUGGAGAAGAUGAACAACCUUCUUGGGCUCCAUUACGAGAUAAUUAUAUGCUGACAAGCUCAAGAAUAAAAGAUUGGGACAAAAACAUGCCAGGUAAAAAUGAAUCAGAUAACAAUGAAAAGGUUUCCGAAGAUAGCAGUUCCGAUGAAGAUUAA